AUGACUCGGGUACAAGCAGUGUCAGGUUUUACAAAAAUGUCUCUGUAUGGACGCUGUACGCAUUCAUGCGUCAAGUGCCAGAUACUGACUUUCGAGGAGUCAAGUACGAAGUGCGAACAUCGGCCGCCGCACAAGCAUGCAAGCCAGCAACAAGUGUAUUCACAGAACUUAAGCGAAGAAAGACAAAAUAUGAUGAGAGAAAAUGCCCGAUUGAGACAACGCGUGAGCACACGAAGAUCAUUGGCAUCAUACAAUCGCUUGGCAUUCCAAUAUGAUCCCACUGCGAACUACAGUGAUGAUGAAAAUUUAGAUAUUGGACCAAUGACGACUAUAUGCCGAUAUUGCAAUGCGUUAAAGUUCAAAAGAGAAACGGCUGGAUUGUGCUGCGCAAGUGGAAAAGUCAAACUGGAUCCAUUACUUAAACCACCACAGCCACUGAAAAUACAAGGACAAAUAUAUCAUUUGCAUGGUUCAAUGGUGCAAACACCAGAUGAACCGCAUCAAUUUCUGCAAAUAUAUUUCAUUUCGUCGAUGGUGGAUCAGCUGAAUGUGCGGUGCAAUAUACAGGGAACACAACAGUUAAAGAGACGAAUUAUUGAACAGUUGCAAGCAUUUUUCCACGCUAAUAAUGCUGUUGUUAAUAUGUUCAAAACAGCAUUCGAAAGAAUGCCAUCGGAUACGCACAAAUUUGUCAUAAGAGCGGAUUGUACCCCAACAGGUGAACAUGCGCGAAGAUUCAAUGCACCCACCGUUAAUGAUGUUGCUGCAAUUAUUGUUGGCGAUCAAACUAAAUCGCGAGACAUUGUCGUUCAGCAAAGAAGCAAUAUCGUGCAUCGUGUAAACGAGACACAUCGUUUGUACGAUGCGUUACAAUAUCCAAUCAUUUAUUGGCGAGGGCAAGACGGAUACGACAUCACGUUGAGGAUGGUCGAUUCAAUUACAGGCGUAUCACCGAAUGAAAAUCUAAGCGCAAUGAAUUACUAUGCGUAUCGUAUGAUGAUUCGUACACAUGAGGAGAAUGUCAUUCUGAAGUGCUGUCGGCUAUUCCAGCAAUUAGCUGUCGACAUGUAUGUGAAAGUCGAGACCGAACGUUUAGCGUUCAUCCAAUCCAAUCAGGCAAAGCUACGAUCUGAGGACUAUAUACACUUGCGUGAUGUAAUUCAUUCAGAUGGUGAUGUUCAGAAUAUUGGACGUCUGACGAUUCUCCCAUCAUCUUAUACUGGAAGCCCACGCCACAUGCACGAAUACGCUCAAGACGCUAUAACGUACGUGCGAAAUUAUGGAACUCCGGAUUUAUUUAUUACGUUCACAUGCAAUCCGAAGUGGACUGAAAUUGAACGUGAGUUGGAACCGGGACAAAAACCGCAAGAUCGCCAUGACAUAAUCGCCAAAGUAUUUCAGCAAAAACUCAAGGUUAUGACGGAUGUGCUUACUAAGUAUCGAGUUUUUGGUGACACACGUUGUUAUAUGUACUCGGUGGAAUGGCAGAAGCGUGGACUACCGCAUUCUCAUAUCCUAAUUUGGUUGCUAAACAAAUUACAUUCAAAUGAAGUGGAUGACAUCAUAUCAGCUGAAAUUCCUGAUCCAGUCGCUGAUCCCCAUCUACACGACAUUGUGACGAAACAAAUGGUGCAUGGACCGUGCGGUGCAUUAAAUCCAUUAUCGCCUUGCAUGGCUGAUGGAAAGUGCACAAAACGAAAUCCGCGACCGUUAGUUGCUGAAACAGUCACAGGGAAUGAUGGAUAUCCAGUUUAUCGUCGGCUUUCAAAAGAAGAUAAUGGUCGAACUAUUAAAGUUAAAGUUCUAAAUCAAGAGAUUGAGAUCGGAAAUGAAUUCAUUGUACCAUAUUGCCCGCUGCUAUCACGAAUUUUUGAAACACAUGCAAACGUUGAGAGUUGUCAUUCGGACAAAUCAAUCAAAUAUUAG